UGUGACUGUGCUGCUCACUCAUUAUCUCACUGAAUGUGCUGAGAGACGAGCACCGGCGUGUGAGAUGCUGUAACAGCCAGAGCAGACAAAGAGCCGUUGUUGUCCGCUGCCUCUCGUACCCACAGCAGCUUUUCAAACUGUCUUCCAAAACUAAACUACACGCCUUGGCCAGCUUCUCAGGUACGACUGACGGCACACAGAAUAUAGGAGACGGGGACCUUUGCUCAAGCUGACGUGAUCGAAUGACUGGCUCACAUGGAGGGCAGACAGGCGGCAUGACAGAGGAGAAAUGUCCCCAGCUGGUGGACUACUUUGUAGUGGCAGGUCUCGACCCUGCUGGGCCCUGGAGGCCCCUGGAUGAGGACGGCAAGACCUCUUUCUCCUCUACGUCCUCCAGCUCUCCCUCGGGCCGGGCGGUGGAGCUGGUGACGGACCUGGCGGUGAUCGCCCGAGGGCUGGGAGAGGAAGUGCCAGAGGGCUUCACCUGCAUCGAGAGGACGCUGGGCGGACACUCGGCCGAGCUGAGCGCUGGCCUCAUCAACAACCCACACCUGUACCUGUGCUACCGCCGAGGACGAGACAAACCACCCGUACUGGACGUGGGGGUUAUGUAUGAGGGGAAGGAGCAACUGAAACAGGGCUGGUACGUCAUCGAGACAACUCCGUACAGCCGCUCGGCCAGCCUGAGCUCCAGUGGCGGCCCGACGGCUCACCGGGUGUUCCUGACGUACCGUCGUGCUCUGGACUCUCAGGCUCUCAACACGCUGGGCAUCACAGACAUCGCCCUGCUGCUCCCCAGCAAGGGAGAGGUCGCACCGCACACUUUUUGCCGUGUCGACAAGAACCUCAACACUGGCAUGUGGGGUCCAGCUCUGCAUGUGUGCUACAAGAGAGCCGUGGCCAAAGCCAACGCCCUGGUCUACGAAGCCAGUCUGAUCAGCCGGUACCCUGAGGAGGACCUGGAGGCAUUUCCCCUGCCGGAGUCGGUGCCAAUCUUCUGUCUGCCGAUGGGCGUCACUGUGGAGAGCUGGCCUCUGAACACAAAGUACCAGCUGCCUGUCUUCUCCACCUUCGUCUUCACCUCCGCCUCUGGGGACAAGGUGUACGGAGCAGCCAUCCAGUUCUACGAGUCUUUCCCCAGGGAGCUGCUGUCGGAGCGGCAGAGCGUGAGGCUCGGUCUGCUCAGCGUGGUCGACCGGCGGCCAAUCACCAACCGCAGCCUGCAGGUGAAGAAGAGCAUCUGCGUCCUCUCCCACUGGCCCUUCUUCACCGUCUUCCAGAAGUUUCUUACCUUCGUCUACAGAUACUCCAUCUCUGGACCCCACGUCCUGCCGCUCGAGAAACACAUCUCCAGUUUCAUGCACAACGUCCCGUUUCCUUCCCCCCAGCGCCCUCGUAUCCUUGUUCAGCUCUCCCCAUAUGACAACCUGCUGCUCUGCCAGCCAGUCUCCUCUCCGCUCCCACUCAGUGGGGCGAGCUUCCUGAAGCUGCUGCAGAACCUUGGCCCAGAAAACGCCUGCACAUUGCUGGUCGCCAUCCUCACCGAGCACAAACUGCUGCUGCACUCGCUGCGGCCUGACGUGCUCACCUCUGUCAGCGAGGCCCUCGUCUCUAUGACGUUCCCCCUGCGCUGGCUCUGUCCCUACAUUCCUCUGUGUCCGCUGCAAUUGGCCGACGUGCUGCUGGCGCCGAUGCCCUUCAUCGUUGGCGUCCACUCCAGCUACUUUGACCUGUACGACCCCCCCACAGACGUGGUGUGUGUUGACCUGGACACCAACACAAUCUUCCAAUCGGAGGAUAAGAAGCAGUUGUCAUGGCGAUCGUUACCCAGAAAGCAUGGCAAGACUCUUUUCAACACCCUCGCCAACCUUCACAAGACUCUGGAGAAGAUUUGCACCCCUGGCCAGGAGGAAGCAACACUGGAGUCCGUCUAGGACCAGAUUUAUAGGCGUCAGAGGCAGCUGGAGCUGGAGAUCCAGGAGGCAUGCCUGCGCUUCAUGAGUAGCCUGCUGCGAGGAUACCGCACCUUCCUGCUGCCCAUCACACAGGCUCCUUCAGAUACCACCACCGACUGCAGCUCAUUGUUCAACCUGCAGGGUUUUUUGAAGUCUCGGGAUCGAACGCAGCAGAAGUUUUACAACCAACUUACGAGGACUCAGAUGUUCACUCAGUUCAUCGAGGAGUGUUCCUUCGUCAGUGACCGCCACGCCUGCCUUGAGUUCUUCGACGAGUGUGUCCAAAAGGUGGAUGUGGAGAAGCCGGAGGAGGUGAGGUUGAUCGAUCUGGAUGAGACUUACAGUGGAGAACACACAGUCUUCAUCAUGCCUCCUGAAGAACCACAGGAACCUGACGGGUCCGAGUGUCCCGCUGUCUACAGUUACGAGACCUUCCCCAGCUUGAAGCCAGAGCUCUUCGACCAACCCCAGGACCAGCUCCGUGCCCCAGCUAAAGGCAGUGCACCCAGCAGCCCCGCCCCCCGACGUACAAAACAGGAGAUCAAGUUGGCCCAGAAACGAGCUCAGAAGUACUCGGCUGUCCCGGACAUGUGGUCCAAGUGCCUGCUGGGUCACUGUUACGGCCUCUGGUUCAUCUACCUGCCCACCUUUGUUCGAGCGGAGAGCGCCAAGGUUCGCGCCCUGCACGCGGCCUAUGAUGUCCUCAAACACAUGGAGAACCGCAAGGUGGUGCUGCCAGACGAGGUGUGUUACCGGAUACUGAUGCAGCUGUGCGGUCAGUACGGCCAGCCCGUCCUCGCUGUUCGAGUUCUGCUGGAGAUGAAGAAGGCGGGAAUCACACCCAACACCAUCACCUACGGAUACUACAACAAGGCAGUGCUGGAGAGCAAGUGGCCCUCCACCAGUCAGAAUAAAUGUCUCCACUGGGCCAAGCUGAGGAACGUACUGUUGGCCGUGGCCCAGUUCAGACAGCCAAUCAAACGGCGCCAGAAGAGUGGCUCUGUGGGGUCACAGGGAGAAGCAACGAUGGACCUUGAUCUGAGGCCCCGCCCCCACUCCACUCUGAUCCGUCGGUCUAGUUGGAGCGGUCUGAGUGAAAGCUCCAGUCACGAGUCUUUGACCGGCCCGCUGAUGAAGAGCAGCAGUAUGAAAAGCAUGAAGGCAUCAAACGACAAGGUCAUAGUCUGUAAGAAGUCCAUGCUCCCUAACAGUGAGACCAAGGCCUGCAGUGACGUCAUCUCCCGUAAACCCCCUCUGGGACUCAGAGAGACCUCCACUCCACCUUCAGCCCCCAUCGGUGGUGGUGUGGUUCCACGGAGUCAGGUCUGCCUCUCCACCUUCUACGCAGAGUGUGCAGAGUUGGCGAACUCAGAGCUGGAUUGCAGCUGCCAGCCUGCAGAGAGAGAUGGCAGACCGGUGGGAACACGCAAGCAGAUCGGCAGAAACAAGGGCGUCGAUGAGAACUACAACAACGUCUCUUCCCCGAGCCGAGGGGGCCUGGCAGGGAAACUCCAGCAGCUCCUCACCCCAAACCGGCAGCCAAAAGGUGGAGGAGGGGUCGGACGAAGAGUGUCUGAUCAGAGACAAUCCAGGAAAUCUCAAGUGGCUGAAACUCUGCUGAAAGCCAAGGAGAAGCUGGUCAGCGCUAACUCAGAGAGCUCGUUGUCUGUGGGAAGUGACCUGGACUUGACAGAGACUCCGAGCCCAGCGUGCCCUCUGCGCAGGUCCUGGGACGCCAGUCAGGAAAUGCCCAGGCUCGAGGUGUUGAUGUCCAGCUGCUCUCUGUGCCGCAACUGUGAUUCACUGGUCUAUGACGAAGAGAUCAUGGCCGGCUGGACAUCAGACGACUCUAACCUCAACUCCUCGUGCCCGUUCUGCUGCUCCUCCUUUGUCCCCUUCCUCAACGCUGAGAUCUGUGACCUCGGACCUGUCAGCAGUGUGGGCCGCAGCAACUGGAGUGUGGAGGACGAGGUGGAGAGUGUAGUGCGGCCACCCAGUGGCCACGAGGAGGCCCUGCCACACCAAUGUAACGGUCUGAGUGAAGACUCCAGCUCUGAGACCAGCAGCUACUCCGAGACCAGCAGGACCACCACGGGUUCAUCAGUGGGUGGGGCUCCUCAGGUGACAGUGGCCUACCUGAGUCCUCUGGUUCUGAGGAAGGAGCUGGAGAGUCUGCUAGAGAACGAGGGCGAGUCAGUCCUGGCUCAGCCUCAGUUCCUGGACAGCCACUCCAUCAUCUUCUGGAACCUGGUCUGGUACUUCCAGCGCCUUGGUCUGCCCAGUAACCUGCUGCAACUGGUCAGAUCCUCGCCUCUGGUCAGCCAGUUCACACAGACUGAGAGCUCAGCAGUGAGAGUGAGGCUCCUCUGGGACACCCUGACCCCCGACACGGACCAGUGGCCCCCCCUCUACAUCCUCUGGAGGAUCCACAGUGGCGUACAGAUGAGGAGCUACAGCUGGCGCAGACACAACCACCCGUUCACCUUGUCUUUCCUGGAGGAGGUGCUGCGGUGGGUUGGCAUGAACGAGGUUCACAAAGCUGUCACCCUCUUCCUGGACACGCUGGCCAAACAGCCGGGGACUCCCAGGAUACAAAGGAGUUUGUACAGAGAGUUCCUCUUCCUCACUCUGGCAGCGAUGGGUAAAGACCAUGUCGCUGCGUUCGAUAAGAAGUACAAGGCGGCGUACUCUCGCCUCACCAGUACUCUGGGCCAUGAAGAGCUCCAUAAGAAGCGAGCGCAGCCUCCCAGCCCCAAAGCUGUCGACUGCAGGCGCAGCUUCCACCCGCCGCUCGAAUGCUGAGCGACCUGAUGACUCCUGCAGCGUUCAUCCCUUUUGAGGGGAAAAUGGCAAACGCAGGAUCCCUGCUGCCUUCAUCUGCUUGUGUUCCUCGUUUCUCUGCUGCCUCUUGUUGGAUAUGGGAGCAUCACGCUCCUUCCUGUCCUCUGUACCUCUGUCCAUCUCGUCGGUGUGAAUCCCGCUACUCUUUGUCUCCAUCGAAGACCCCAAAAGUCGCAGCAGCAGACGGAGCCAAGCUCAACUUUGAAAAGGGGAGGAACCCACCGAGCUGCAACCAGGCGAGAAAACAGACACUCAGGUUUGCACUCGUCCAGAGAGAUCAGCUGUGUCAGAGUAAACAUUUUCUUUUUCCCUGUUUUUAUAAUAAUUAUACCCUGCAAGACAUCAGUGCUGGUAGUCCUCUGCUGGACUGACAGUGGGGAAAUUUGAAAAACAGAGUUACAGGAAGUCAGUGAGAUCAAGAAGGACAAUUAGGACUUUAUUAGGAGAAAGGUCCAAUAAAGAUUAAAAAGGCCACGCCAGCAUUUGUAGAACUCUUCAAACUUGACCCAAAAAAAGACACAUUAGACUUCAAGAUGUCUUCAAACUCCUGGAAACUUGCGUUCAUCUCUCUGGUUCCCUGUUAAAAACCUUAUCAUGCUAACAACCAGUGUCCAUCAGGUCAGGAGCUAGUGUCCAUUAUCAGCAGAUGAGGAAACAACCAAACAUGAAACUAAGACGCUGCACUCCUCACAGCCUUCCACUGUUUGUUGGGAGUGUUUUGGAACAGCUCAGUGUGAGAGUGUGGAAAGUGUCGAAUCUCUCCAUCUCCGUCCAUCAUCCAACACCUGAGGAAACUUCUGAGGAUGGUCGACAGCCCCAUGUGGAGCUACUGACAUGAUGUUGUAAAGUGUAACAUCUCUCCAUUUUUAAAAUGGGAGAAAGUUUAUCUAUCACUCAACACUUCAAACAAGAAGCUGAGACUUCUUAUCAGUGUUUUGGGAAAGACUGUCUGAGUGUUUUAUCAUGACACUACCAAGAAAAGAAGCACACAUGUCCUGUUUCGGACCAUCAAGAAGAACCUGGCUGCAGACAAGAUGGUGGACCACAUACUAGCCACAGGUUGUUAACCUCAGUAGGUUUGUGCUUAGGGUUAAUGUUGGCCCAAACCCAACAUCUGAUAAAAGUCAACAACUUCCACCUGGGGCUGGCAGUUCACAGAUUAGUCGCAGUCCACCAUCUUGUCUGCAGCCCGUUCAUUCUCAAAGGUUCACUGAAAGACUCAGGAUGUCAGCUUUGGUUAGACAGUUUUCCUGAAUGAGACAGGUUGGUUAGGGCUUGUUCCUGUAGUGGAUCAGACCUGUAAGGACUUUCUCCCCAGACAAAAGCCAGAACCUAAGCUUCUGUUAAAUCUCUUUACAUAGUUCUUCCCAACAGUUUGGGCUUUCCCCCUCUAAACAUCUUUGAUUGCUUUAUAUUGCAGCCUGGUUUCAGACCUUUGUGUCCACAUCAGUUCAAAAGCACCCAGUGUCUUUGUUCAUCGACAGCUGCUUCCCCAGGUGGUAACACAGCGUAGCCAUUCAGAGUCGGUAGGCAGGAUUAAGAAUGGGGCACUAGUAACCACAAAACUGGCCUUGGUGCGUGGGAUGGAAGAAAUGUUUGCAGCUGUAAGAGGUUGGUACAGAAAUAACUACACUUAAGUCAAAAUAUACGUUUUGUUUCUUAAUUUAAAAAUCAAACAUUAUGUUUUCAGUCAUUAUUAUAACUCCCUUGUUUCUUGAAAGCAUCAGUUAGUUUGAGCCAACACAGAGAGGUGUUUUCAAAGGCAGAAACAGUCAACCAGAGCUUUGCUCUCAAGUUUUAUAAGGAAAAAUAAGUCCAGAGCUGAUAUCUGUCCAGUAGCUGAAACACGAUUCCAAAACUUCGGGUCAGAGUUUCUACAUCUGUGUUUAACUAAACCGUGAAUUUGUCAACAUCCCAAAGCCCGGCUGGAGUCAUGCAGGGUGAUCUAAACUAAUAUUGUCAGGGAGAGCAGUGUGUAAACUAACAGCCGUGGGCUCAGUCCCUGCUGCAGCCAAACGCCCUGGAGCAAUAAAAGCACCUUCAUCUGUGUCUGCAAACUCAUUUUACAGGAAACCAUCGACUCAAACUGAAACAGUGAAUGUUUACUGUUGAAAAAGUUUUAUUUUAAAUGUGAGUUUUGUCUGCAGAGGACUGAGGAGUCAGUGUGAGUGAGGGAUGUUUCACUGCAGCAGAGCAGCUCCUCCGCAUCACAGACAAAACAUCACACUGUACGUGUUACUGCACAGGACUGCAGCUUGUUCACAGUCAAGGCAGUUUGACUUUGUCGUUUCAUUGGUUGAAUGAUUGUGGUCAGAGGAGAGGAGGCUAUUUAAAAUAGAUAACUGUUUGCUGUUAUAAUUUAUAUCUGUGAUUUCAGUUGUAAAUGUUUUGUUUUUUAAGAAAACACAAAAUAAAAGACAGUGUCUAA